AUGGCCGAAACGGAGAAUCUGCGCACCGCUUCAGCGUACAUCAACAACCAGCUCCUGUCGCGAGGGCUCCUGCGAGAUGGGCAGACGAUUGACUUUGCUGGCCAUGGAAAGCGCGAAGACGCUUCAGUGACCGCUGGACGUAUCAUCAGCGUCGUAAACGACUUGAUCCUGCGUCGCGACCGAGAUGCCGAUCACCGCGAGUCUCUAUCUACAACGAUGCGCUCACUGCGCGCCGAAAAUACCAAACACGUUAGCGAUAUAGCCAAACUCGAAGAAAAGAACGCAGAAGCGCAGCGCAAACUCGAAAUCGCCACGGCGGCCGAGAACGCCGCCAAGACACAGCUCAAGUCUGCCGAAUCUACGAUGCGCGGGCUCAGGGAGCAGCUCUCUCGGACCAAAGGGUUGGUUGCUCAAACCCGGACAUCGUGUGCGACGGAGGUGCGCCGCCGAGACAGGCAAAUCGAUACGCUGAAGAAGCAGCUUGGCGAAGCGGGACGAGCCCGAGGUGCACGCGCGAACCCUGCGAUUACGACUAUUACCAUUACCGGCAACUUUGACGAGGAGCCCCCUUCUCCCACCAAGACUGGUGGUAUAAUGAAUGACGAAUACAGCCUACGUGGUGAAUCUACAGUGUCAUUAGCCAAGUUGUCGCAGAGCUUGAGUGAGGAAAAUGAGGCUGUCCUGGCGCUCAUGUCACAGGCAAUGGAUGAGCUGCGGGAAAUGAGCGGGUUGGAAGAAGGCAGGACGGAAAAUACUCAAAACAACCGGCAAAAGAGCCUGGAAGACAUGUCUACGGAGCUGGAGGAUGUCAUGGAACAUAUGCGUCACAUCUUGAACAAUCCGUCAUUUGUCCCGAUUGAGGAAGUUGUUAUCCGCGAAGAGGAGAUCAACCGCCUCAAGGAUGGAUGGGUGAAGAUGGAGACUAGAUGGAAGGAUGCUAUGCUUCUGAUUGAUGGAUGGCAUAGACGAAUGGCUGCGGGCGGUAGCCCCAUUCGAGAGGACGAGCUCAAACUUGGAUUCCGCUUGGGAUCUGUCAGAUUAACAGGCACAAGAAGCCUUGUCGGCGACUCCACCCUGGCACCCCUCCCAGAGGAAAGUUAUGACGAGGAGGAGCAAGCGCAGCACGCCGACGAAGAUAUAUACGAUCGCAGUGACGUCGAAUCUGAGGGCUAUAACGAGGAAGAAGCGGCUGUAUACGACCACGAAGAAGUCGCAUUGGAUAGGGAAACGGAGGAGGCCCCGACAGAGGCGCCGAUAGAGGAAAUUCAACAAAAUGUGGCCCAACAGGAGUCCGAAGUGCCUCGAGACGCGCACGAAACUCGAGAGCCACAAGUUGAAGCUGAAGACGCUGCUGUAGAAGAUGUCUCUCGGGAAUCGACACCGCUACCGGAGCAACCGCAGCUGAGUCCUCUCCGAAACUCGUCUUCAGCAGGCAACCGAGGAUCUCAGCAAGCACAACCCGCCGUGACAAUUAGGAGAAAGCAGCCCGAGACCACUUCCAGCAGCUCACUCCCGGCACCCGCCCAAAGACCACGCCCGGCAUCUGGUGCAUUGUAUGUGCAGAAGCGAGGCCUUGAGCAGCCUGGCCGCCGGCCCACGCGAAUUGCCACUCGAGCUCCCGAAGCCAGCCUCAACACCCGGCCAGCGACUAGAGUUACUUCACUGGAAGAAGCACUGUUGUCAAAGCCAGCACAAGCUCUCGAGUGGAGGAUAAAGGAAUCCACCGAGAAGCAACCAGCAACGACCACAGAAACGACGACACAACCAACGCAAGAGCCUACUCAGGAGUCCACGGAAGACGCACUACCCGAAACACGGCUACGCAAGACGACCACUUCAACAAACCGGCGUACUGUGGACCAGUCUACACCGUAUAAGCGUUUCCCUCAGCCUGCAGAGCCAGUACCGCAGCAGAGCCCAUUGACCAUGUCCAACAUCGCUGCUAAGCUUGCCGCCUCUGAGGCGAGUGCAGAUCGUGUGCGUGCCAAAGUUCUGGCCGCAAGAAGCAGGUCUACCACUUUGAAACUGUCCAACAGUUUGCAGGACUUGAAUGGCGUGGCACACGAGGAAGGUCUGGGCGCCGCUGGCGCUGAGAGCCAAACACGCGAGCAAGUCGAUGACUUGGAAAACGUCGAUCCGGCCAAGGCUGAUCCGGAGCGUCCGGUACCAGAACAAGACAAUGGUCAUCGCAAAGUACAAAAGCGCAAGCGAGAUAUCCGCAUAUCGAGCAAGAGGACAUCAAGACGGCGAAGUACACUGAGCCCGAUGGAGCUGGAAACCCUCAUUGCAGGAAAUGGACAAUAG